UGUCGACGUACAAGUCUGCACCUGCACUGCAUCUGGAGGUCUGGCACCUUCCCCGAAACUAGCAGACGGCAGAGAGGCGACAAAGAGGUGUGGCUGGAAAUACUAGACGCGUAGGAAAGAUGACGGAUAGACUGCCAGCCGUUCAACUUCCGACACACGCUGAACCAACCUACACCAGAAGCCUGCCAGCCCGCCAGCCCGCCCUCCUUCCUUAUUCCUACGCCUGCGGACUUGUUCGCCUUGGCACAGAAACCCAAUGGCCCGCCCUUAUCGCGUCUGUUCUGCCCUAAUCGCUGUCGGCUGCGCGGGCCGAGCAGGUGCGUCUACCGAACCUUCGUCUUUUUUUCUGUAUCGCGACUGCCUUUUCGCGACGCCUUCCUAACUGUUCCUCACUCACAACCUAUCACACCAUGUCUACCGUCACACCGUCACCUGAGCUCCUCGCUCUCGUAAACGACUUUCUCGCAAGCAAUGGUUUCGAGAAGGCUGCCAAGGCUGUCCAGAAGCAGGCCGAGGCCAAGGGUCUUGCACUCCCCAAGGACACCAAGACUACCCUGACCGCCCUGUUCGAUGCCCGUCCCAAGGAGGCCGCUACUCCCGCUACUGCCGACGACUCCUCCGAUGCCAGCGAGAGCAGCGACUCUUCCGAUUCCGACUCCGAGAGCGAGUCUGAGAAGAAGACCCCUAAGAAGGACGCCUCCAAGAAGCGCAAGGUCACUCCUCCUUCAUCUAGCUCUUCAGACUCGUCCAACUCGUCAGGAGAUGAGAAGCCCGCGGCAAAGAAGACCAAGACCAUCAAGAAGGCCGACACCUCUUCAGACUCUUCCUCCGCAUCGUCUUCGUCCGAAAGUGAGGACAGCAGCGACUCUUCCGAUUCGAGCGACAGCGAUUCAUCCGACUCCGACUCCGACUCCGACUCCGACUCGUCAUCAUCAUCGUCCUCUUCCGACAGUGACAGCUCGUCUUCCUCCGAUAGCGACUCAUCUGACAGCGACUCCGACUCCGAAAGCGAAAGCGAGAAGAAGCCCGCCAAGGUCGCCAAAGUCGAGAAGCCCGCAAAGAAAGAAAAGGCAGACAAGAAGGAGAAGAAGGACAAGAAGCCCACUGCCGAGGCCAAGUCUUCUUCCAGCUCUGCUGCCUCCAGCGUAACUCUGGCCGACGCCCCUGCACCGGUCGACACUAUUAUGGUUCCCGCCAGCUCAGCCAUUGGUCAAGCUGAAGGCACUGCCGCACCCUCAAACGAUGCCGAGGAGCACAUGCACCCCAGCCGUAAGCGCAAGCUCGGAUAUGGUGAGGCCGAACAGCAAGUCGCUGUCCCCGCCACUGAGGAAAACAUCAAGCGCGCAAAGAAGGAGAACGUCCCUUUCAGCCGCAUUCCCAAAGACCAAUGGGUCGAUCCUCGUCUGGCCAGCAAUGCUUUCGUGCCCUAUGAUUAUGCACAGAAGGCACACGAGUCCUUGAUCGUCACCAAGGGCAAGGCAUUCACCAAGGCCAAGAACAAGGGCAAGCGUGGAAGCUACAGAGGUGGUGUUAUCGACCAGACCCCCAAGGGCAUCCAGUUCGAGGACUAGGUACUUUGAGGUUUCAUACGAAGAUCAGACUAUACAAAAGAGUCAAAGCGAGGAGUUUUCAUGUUGCACAAAACAGAGCCUCAAAUUUUCGCAAACUGAUUAAAUAAGAGACCUUCUUCCUACAUCACACACUUCUAUCUUGCCGAGAAAUUUGACAACGUGAUUCAGACUGAACUGGCUGUCACCAACACGAUGCAGAGAACAGCGAGACAGCUAUACGUGAACUUUUUGUGGGCUGGAUGUAAAGACUCCUGUCUCCUCACCUCUCGCGUCACAGCUAUCUCAAGCUUCUCAAUUUCCACACCAUAUCCCCAUUCUGAGAG